AUGGGAGGUACCGAUAGCCGGGACAGCACUCCCGAGGGCCAAGAAACCGAUGCGCUCAACUCUUCGGCAGCCUUCAAUUCUGAAACUAUUAAUAUUGAAGAACAGAAACGAUCGUGGAAGCUCACGCUGCAUCGCGAUCGCUAUUUCGGCUCGCUUCUCUUCAACGUGGCAGCGUUUAUUCUCCCCGCCCUCUACGGAACUCUGUCAAAACUUUGGGUGGCUGAUAUCGAUUCCUCAAUGGUGGUAACAACAGAUGCCUAUACUUAUAUGAACACUGCCUCCGAGGCCGUCAACGAGGGCCUUCCACGGGCUGCCUGGGUGAUCAUUGGAGACAAGGCAUCCCGAAAUCUUGCGGAGCGCCUCCAGUUGACUCAUACCUUGAUUGCAUUCCAAACUUUGCUGGGAUUCAUCUUGAGCAUAAUUUUCCUCGGCGCUGCACCAAGAUUUGCCGACAGUUUUGUGCCGGAAGAGGUGCGGGCUGCGAGCUUGACCUACGUACGCAUUACCUCUUUUACGGUCUUGAGCGGUGCGAUUGAGACUGCUGUUGCAUCGGCCACGAGAUCUUUGGACAAGCCUGAUGUCCCUUUGGUUAUCAGCUCCGUCAAAUUUGCUGUUAAUAUUAUUCUGGACUUGUUAAUCAUCUCUCGUUACCAUGUCGGCUCUUUCCAACCAACUGUCAAUAUGCAGGGCAUCAUUCAACUGGUCUGUAACUUGACAGCCGCGCUCGUGGGACUGGCAUACUUUCUCUACUUUGUGAGCUUCUCUGCUCUGCGCAAACAGCGUCAAGAUUCUCUUGAGUAUCAUUCCAUGGGGAGUCAUACUUCUACUUCUCCAAGCAUUCGAGGACUACGGAUUUUGCUAAAGCCUGGACUCAUCUGUUUCGCGGAAUCAGCCAUCAGGAAUGCGCUAUAUCUUUGGCUCGUCACUACUGUUAUUGCCUUAGGAUCAGUGUAUGCCACUGCUUGGGGAGUGUUCAACACCAUUCGCUGGGGUUUGGUUAUGGUUCCUGUGCAAGCGCUCGAAGCAACGUCUCUCCAAUUCAUCGGCCAUAAAUGGGGACAGUGGCGACAACGCAUUGGGAUCCAUAACAGAAGGCCAAGGGCAAGCUGGAAAGAGAUCUAUAAUCUCAUCAACCCUGCGCUACGGUCACUUGUGAUAGCUCUAAUAAUCGAGGUUCCUAUGGCAAUAUUUCUCUCGGCAUUCGGUGCCCGGCCGUUUGCGCUCUAUAUCAGUGGAUCAAGCGAAGUGGCCGAUGUUACUGCGCACAUGUGGCGGACGAUUGACUGGUGCUAUAUCUUUUACGCAAUGUCAACACAACUUGCGACCAUUCUGCUGGCUACGAGGCCGAAGUGGUACUUGUAUCAAAGCUUAGCAAGCAACUUGCUCUAUGUCCUCCCAUGGGCAAUAGUGUGCCAAGUUAUUCAUCUAGAUGAAAAGAAUGCGUGGACUUACCAUAGUCUCAUAUUUGGAGGUAGUCUUGUUUUCAGCUUUUUCGACGUUCUCAUAGUGGUUGGUAUCUGGAUGUGGACUUUGUGGACAGGAAGAGCGAGAUUGGAGGCAAUCCAAAGCUAA